GAGAACAUCACCGGGCAAACACACCACGCUUGUGAAUUUUUGCAUGUCAGUAGCGGAGGAUCCUGUCGCCGGUCAACGGCCGUUUUCCAUCUUAUAAUUUUGUCUCUGUGAUUCAUAACGCAUAAAUCAGAGGCAUGUGGAAUCGUAUCAGGAUUAGGAAUUGGCUCCCAAUAGCGUGCCUUCUGUUAACGAUAUGGACGAAGGUGUCCCAGUCCUCUGGCUAUUUCGAACUGCAGCUGAUUGCCGUAGAAAAUGUAAACGGUGAGUUGUGGGACGGGGAAUGUUGCGACGGCACGCGGAACUCCCAAGACCAGCGCUGCGUGCGGGACGAGUGCGAUACUUACUUUAAAGUGUGUCUGAAGGAGUACCAGUCUGAAGUCACCACCAAUGGACCGUGCACCUUCGGCUCUGGAUCUACGAACGUACUCGGUGGAAAUAUAUUUUCAUUUAAGAAUGCCAAGAACAACCCCAACAAAAUGAGCGAUGCGGGAAAGAUCGUCAUUCCCUUUCACUUCGCCUGGCCGCGGUCCUACACACUCAUCUUGGAAGCCUGGGACUGGGACAACUCCACACAAAACGCCGGUGAGGAGAAUUUGAUUGAGCGGCACAUACAUGCCAGUAUGGUGAACCCAGGCGACCACUGGCAGUCCAUCCGCCACCCUGGCAUAACAUCCCACAUUGAGUACCGCAUCCGGGUCAAAUGUGACGAGAACUACUACGGCAGUAAGUGCAACAAACAAUGCCGGCCAAGGGACGAUUACUUCGGCCACUAUCGCUGCGAUCCAUCUGGAAAUAUUUUAUGUCUAGACGGUUGGAUGGGAGAAGACUGCCGAAUGGCGAUCUGCAAGCAAGGCUGUAAUCUGAUUCAUGGAGGCUGUUCAGUACCUGGAGAAUGCAAGUGCAACUACGGUUGGCAGGGCCAGUUUUGUGAUGAUUGUCUCCCGUACCCUGGCUGCGUUCACGGGACCUGUGUCAGACCCUGGCAGUGCACUUGUGAGAAGAACUGGGGCGGCCUUCUAUGCGAUAAAGAUCUGAACUACUGCGGCACACACCAUCCCUGUGUCAAUGGCGGGACCUGCAUGAACUCUGAACCAGAUGAAUACAACUGUGCCUGUCCUGAAGGUUACUCUGGCAAAAACUGUGAAAUAGCUGAGCAUGCCUGUGUAUCCAACCCCUGUGCAAAUGGAGGUACCUGUCACGAAGUCACCUCAGGCUUUGAGUGUCAGUGUCCACCAGGCUGGGACGGACCCACCUGUGCUAAAGACAUGGAUGAAUGUGCCUCCAGCCCGUGUGCACAAGGCGGAACAUGUAUCGACCUGGAAAAUGGCUUUGAGUGUAUCUGCCCUCCUCAGUGGGUUGGAAAGACCUGUCAAAUCGAUGCAAAUGAGUGUAUGGGGAAGCCUUGUGUAAAUGCUCAUUCUUGCAAAAACAUGAUUGGUGGAUAUCACUGUGACUGCUUUCAAGGAUGGGCUGGACAGAACUGUGACAUCAAUCUCAAUGGCUGCCAUGGACAGUGCCAGAAUGGAGCAACAUGCAAGGAGCUGGUGCAUGAAGGUUACCACUGUCAGUGUCCUCCAGGCUUUGUGGGUUUACACUGUGAAGUCUCCAGGAACAAAUGUGCCAGUGGGCCAUGUCAGAAUGGUGGCCUAUGCCAUGUAAUUUUGGACAGUUUUGUGUGUGAAUGCCCACAAAACUAUGCAGGGAUGCUCUGUGAGGUGGAGAGCCGCCACUCACACUCAAACCCCUGUGAGCCAAACCCCUGUCAGAAUAAGGCAUUGUGCUACAGCUUGCCGGAUGAUUUCUACUGUGCCUGUUCUGAUGACUAUAAGGGCAAAACCUGUAAGAACCGCAAGGACCACUGCAAUACAACCCCUUGCCAAGUGAUUGACAGCUGUACAAUUGCUGUGGCGAGUAACAGCUCAGACGGGGGUGUGAGACAUAUCAGCUCUAAUGUGUGUGGUCCUCAUGGGCGCUGUAUCAGCCAGUCAGGUGGAAACUUCACCUGCGCCUGUGAGCCUGGCUUCACUGGAACCUACUGCCACGAGAAUGUUAAUGACUGUGCGAGCAGUCCUUGUCACAAUGCCGGUACCUGCAUUGAUGGGGUCAGCUUUUUCCAGUGCAUUUGUCCGGACGGCUGGGAGGGUGACCUUUGCGACCUCAAUGUGAAUGAGUGUAGUCGAAGCCCUUGUAAGAAUGGUGGCCACUGCGUUGACCUAGUCAACGACUUUUACUGUGAAUGUGCCAAUGGCUGGAAAGGAAAGACCUGUCAUUCACGUGAAAGUCAAUGUGAUGCAAGCACUUGCAACAAUGGAGGGACUUGCUAUGACCAUGGUGACAGUUUUCGCUGCGCCUGCCCACCUGGAUGGAGAGGAAGUACAUGCAACACAGCAAAGAACAGCACAUGCGCAUCUAGCCCCUGCCUGAAUGGAGGAACAUGUGUUGGUGGUGGUGACACAUUUACCUGCAUCUGUAAAGAUGGCUGGGAGGGGUCCACCUGCGCACAGAACACCAAUGACUGCAACCCUCACCCCUGUUACAAUGGUGGAAUCUGUGUGGAUGGGGUGAACUGGUUCCGCUGUGAAUGCGCCCCUGGAUUCGCCGGACCCGACUGCCGUAUUAACAUUGAUGAGUGCCAGUCAUCACCCUGUGCCUACGGUGCCACCUGUGUAGAUGAGAUCAAUGGCUUCCGCUGUGUUUGCCCACUUGGUCGCACCGGACCUCGAUGUCAAGACCUCAUUGGCAUCGGGAAGACGUGUCACUAUGCUGGACUUCAGUUCCCGCAUGGCAGCCACUGGGAGGAAGAAUGCAACACUUGUCAAUGUGUCAAUGGAAAAGUGGACUGCACAAAGGUGGUGUGUGGGCGGCGGCCGUGUCUGUUGCCUGGGACACCUGGGCGAGAGCCUCACUCCUGCCCAGGAGGUCGUGAAUGCCAGGAGCAUAACUUCCUGACCUGCCUCUCUCCCCCUUGCCAGCAUUGGGGGUUCUGCUCCAGGACUGAAGCCGCCCCAACCCUACAAACCAAAUGUGAGCCCAACUCAGUCUAUCUGGACAAAAGCUGUGCUCGCGUCACCCUUGUAUUCAACAGGGACAAACUACCCACUGGAACAACAGUGGAGAACGUCUGUGCGGAGCUGCGGUAUAUGCCCUCUACACGGAGCCUGGCAAAAGAGCACUCACUGUUGGUUCUUUGUGACCUCUCCUACAAACACCAGGAUGCAGUAGAGGUGGCCAUUUCGUUCCAACAGGAUGAAGGACAGCAGCCUGAGCACAGUCAGAUCCAGGAAGCUGCUAGUACCAUCGUCAGCACACUGUCCAAACGACACAACAGCACCAUCAUGCUUGCCGUCAUCGAGGUCAAAGUGGAGAUGCCGGUCAUGUCCCAGCCAGUGGACUACCUGGUGCCCAUGCUUUGUGUUGUCCUCUGCUUGCUCUGGGUCUUCUGCAUCAUUGUCUGCGUGUGGUGGACCCGUAAGCGGCGAAAAGAGCGCGAGAGGCGGGAGCGCAUGCCUGUGGAGGAGAGCGUCAACAACCAGUGGGAACCACUGAGACCUGUGUCGCGGCCGCAACACAAGGACAACCGGGACGUGCAGUACGAGCACACCAAGCUCAUGGGCUCCACAGAUCAGACCUGCAACAGCGGGGAGGACGACGAGGAGGAGAUAGAAGAAGAAGAAGAGCUGGAGCUGGUUGAAGAGAGGUGUGGGACAGAAGGGGGAAAAUGUCCCAUCCAAAGGUUCUCUAAGGCUACAGUGCGGACCAAGAACAAGCUGAUCUGCACCACGCAGACCAGCAAAGGCUGCAGCCCCUCCCUCAAAGCACCCCACUGGACAGGCUUCGGCCCCAAAGACAACAACUGUAAAAAUGUCAAUAAUGCCACCACCAGCCUAGAGCACAAGGAACAUUGUGUAUGAGCUCUGCCAGUGGACAGAGCAGGUUCAGGAGACAGAGGCCAUCUCAGAAUCAAAAACUGAGUUUCCCCCGUUUUUUAUUUUUAUGUUCAACUUCGAGAUGUUUUGAGGCUGAAUGGUAAAGUGGCCAAUUUCUUUCCUUCAUGUUUUUUUAUGUACAGAGGAAGCAAAAUUAUAUUUCUUUAUUAGGAGGCAAAGAGAAGCCUCACUUUGUGUUUUUGAAAAUAACUGCUGGAAUAAAGUGCAGGACUAAAGAACUCUUAAAACAAGAGAGAAACAAGAUAAAUACUUUUUGUUGCUGUUUACAAAAUGGUUGUGGUUUUGUUGUAAGUGGCCCAGUUUUGGUGCAGACCAUGUAUGGGGACAACCAACGGAGGACACUGGCUUCGGAGGUCCCUGUUUUUGCGUUGCCCCAUUCCACCUGUUCUCCUUCUAGGCCUGCCUUACCAAGCUCGUUGUCCAUGAGGAGGACUAGAGUGCCUAUAAAGUGGCCUUGUUUUGUCUGUCAUUUCUGUUGUCUUGGCUGAAUGCUCUUUUAAAACAGACUGCAGUAUUUCAAGUCAGUCUCAAGUGCCUUCAGACAAGCCCCUCGGUUUUCAAAGUCUUACCGUCAGGGUAGACCCCAUCACUACACUACAAGGGGGAGAGGCUGGUCUUAAGAUCAGCUCCCAUAUCACCAUCAAGGUAUUUGCAUUCUGUAAAUAUGUAUAUAAUAAAGGAGUCGCUGUGUAUAUUUGAAUUAAGUAACUUAAGUCACUUUUUUUAUUAUUAUUAUUAUAAUUAUGAUUGAAAUUAUAAUUUUUUUUUUUUUUACAACACCAUUCCUUUUAUUUAUGCCAGUUGACAUGGCAGGUUUUGUAAGAUGUAUACAGCGUCCCACAGUCAGAAAACAAAUAUAAUCAGAGAUAAUCUUAUGUUGUAGUUUUUUUGCAUUCACUUUGCAAGAUACGUUUAAAGUUGUGUGCUGUAUUGUGGCGUGUGUUUGCCUCCUUGAAGAUCCCGAUUCCCUGUCCACACCUGUUUUCAUAAAACCUGUAGAAAGUCAUGGCUCGAGGCCUGCUGGUCCAUGCUGCAUGUUGCUUGUAAAGAUGCAGAGCUGUCAAAUGAUGUCCAAAUGUUUUCACCUUCUUUUUGGAUUGAAGCUUCAUGAAGGGAACAAUUUUGUUGUAAAGCAUUUUUAUUCAAAGAAAUGGAUAACCUCAGAAAUGGCUGACUAUGAUUUGCUUUCUUUCAUCUCAAUGUUAAAUAUUGCUUGUGGACAGCCUUUGUUUUUCAUAUAUAUAGAAUAAUUCAAAGUGUUUGAAGGGUUCAUUCACCCAAAAAUUCUGUCAUCAUUUACUCACCUUCAUGUUGUUCCAAACUCAUAAGACUUUCUUUCUUCUAUGGAACAUAAUAGGAGAAAUUUAGAAGAAUGUUGAAGCUGUUCUUGACCGUUCAAUUAACAUUCUGCUUGACAUCUCCUUUUUUGUAAAUGGGUUUGUAAACAAUGUGAAGGGGAGUAAAUGAUGACAGAAUCUAUCCUUUUAAAACUUUUCCUGAACAACUGGUUAAUAAUCAAAUACAAGUAAACAACUGGAGUAUUUAAGUAAGUAAAGUUUAAUGUCCGUUAAGGAAGGGAAUGGGGUGGAGCUUGAGGAGAGGUUUUUGUUUUGUUCUGUUUUUUUAAGAGAAAAAUAAAAUGUAUUUUUAUUUUUUAUUUUGAAUUGCUCUGAAAAAAAGUUAUUUGGUUCAUUUAGUGUGAUUUAUGUUUGUUCUUAGAAAUAAAUCAAACUAUUUAUUAAAGCAUUUUAUAACAAUGUGCUCAAGAAAACCACUGUGUGCUGGUAUUUAGGACUGAAACAGGCAUAAAUCUUAUUUCAUCAUAUCGUAUUACCAAAAAAUACCCCUUCCAUUACCAGAGGUGUGGACGACUCCAGAUCAAUACAGGAACUCUUGCUUCCAAUCAAGAUGUCUCUGAAAGGAAGCAGCCAAUAGUAACAGGUCUCCUGUUCUCGGCUGACUGCUGGCUGGCCAAUGGACAACAUCUCUCUCAUGGCUUCAUCUAGUCUGAAUGUUUUAUGAGGAGACUUAUGAUGAUGCAGCAAGUUUAUGUUAUGGUUUUGUCCCGUAAGUAACAGGCUCUAAUGGGAUGAAGUACAGGAGUCAUGUGUCACAUAGUGUUGGGUUUUAUGUUUCUGAUGUAAUCGAACAUGGUUCAAGGAAGGAAGGAGGGGAAAUGGGCCAUUUUAUGGUAAGGAAUGGAAUUUGAAAACUCAAGGAAGAAAUGUUUGUACUAUUGGGAACAGUAAGCCGUUUGGUAUUCAUUUUAUGCUGUAAACUCAGUCUGUGGCCUAG